GAGACAUUUGUCAGUUGGAGACUUUUUCUCAUUUAUCUGAUUGAUAUGUAUGCCAGAAUCCAUCAGAUAAAUAAGAGGGCCUUCCGCUCCUCCCACCUCCUUCACGCCUUGAUCGCGCUUCCUUCCCCUUCUUCCGUCUUUGUCAUCUUCUGCAACAUCCUCACUCCCCCUUCUUUCUCCCCUCCAGCUGCCAUUCCUGUCUGCCCCCUCCAAGCAGAUAUCCUUUUUGUUUAGCCGAGCUAGGCACUCUCAGGUUCACUUCCCACCUACCACUCUUCUCAUUCCGGAUCAGAUUCAGAAUCAGAAUCAGAAUCAGAAUCGCACACCAUGGGUUCCGACUACUUUUCAGUUCCAAUUUUCUUCAUUAUCUUCCGAGAGACCACCGAGGCUGCCAUCAUUGUCUCGGUCCUGCUCUCCUUCCUGAAACAGGUCAUCACGGACGACCAUGCUAUGCGAAAACGUCUUUCCCGUCAGGUGUGGGGUGGAACUAUCCUGGGAUUAGCCAUCUCGCUGGCCAUUGGAGCCGCGUUCAUUGUUAUCUGGAAUAAGUACGCCAACAACCUGUGGGCCACGAGUGAGGGCAUCUGGGUCGGAUGCUUCUCUUUCCUUGCCGUAGCCAUGAUCACCGUCAUGGGCCUGGCCAUGCUCCGGACCACUCAGAUCCAGGAAAAAUGGAAGGUAAAGCUAUCCAAGGCCAUGGACGAGGAGACCGAACGCGGUCUCAGCAACUCCUCGCGUCGUUACGCACUCUUUGUCUUGCCCCUUAUCACGGUCCUACGUGAGGGCCUCGAAGCCAUCGUCUUUAUCGGAGGCGUGACCUUCACCGAGACCGCCAAGGCCAUCCCUGCGGCCGUCAUCGUUGGUGUUUUCUGCGGUCUCCUCGUCGGUUACAUUCUCUACCGCGGAGGCAACAAGAUGAACCUGCACAAGUUCUUCACGGCCUCGACCUGUCUGCUCCUACUCCUCGCCGCGGGUCUGGUUUCCAAGGGUGUCGCUGCGUUCGAGUCCUAUGCCUGGACCAAGGCCACGCACGCUCAGUCGGACGACGGUGGCACGUACGAUCCUCGUAUCAACGUCUGGGCAUUGUCCUGCUGCGAUCCCAAUAACACCAGUGCUGGAUUUGCUCAGCUCAUGAACGCCCUCUUUGGCUGGAGCAAUAUCGCCUCCAUUGGCACUAUCGUCUGCUACAUUGUCUAUUGGCUUGCGGUCACAAUUGCCUUAAUCCAUAUGAAGCUGAGGCGCAGACGUGCUGCUGUCCGCACGGCAUUGAACGAAGUACCCGAGGAUACCAUGCUGGAGGAUAGGAAGGAUACUCACUUGAUAAACGAGAUAACCCCCGAGUCCGAGAGCUCUGGCUCGGGAUCGGCCUCGCUCAAGGAACAGAACUCGGGAUCGGACGACCGUAUCCAGGCCGUCGACCAUAGACAGAUUUGAAAGCUCCAAAACACUAUCUUCUCUCUCCAUUUUCGCCUUCAUCCAUUGUACAAUACCUUUCUUUCUCUCAGACCCUAUAAUAAACCGCUAUUUAUUUGUCUUGCGCCACGCACCAAAGAGACGAUGCUCGACAAAAGACGUUUGGCAGGCAGUCCAAUCUGUCCAUG